GCUCAGGUGUCCGGACUGUCACGGUGCAGAGUGGACGGGGGUGAUGUGGGAAUCGCGGGUGUCACAUUUAUCUGUGUUCUUAUGCAUUUUAUAUUCAUAAUUUAUAUGCAUCUGUUUUCUUCGGCUCACUCUGCACUUCAACCAGCACAGUUCUUUCCUUCUUCCAGUUGCCAGAAUGGAAAUUUGUGCCUUUCAUCCUGAAUGAGCAUAAUCUGUAGGAACUCGAGCUGAAGGGACGCGCCGGGUUCAGGGUUUGUGGAUGUGGCUCGCAGUGUUUAAAUGACUCUUUUUACUCCUGUGCAUUGCAAACUCAAAGGAGUAAUAGAGAAACGGCGAGAGCGCGAGAUGUGCAGCUGCAGUGAUAUUUCAUGAAGGCCCCUCAGCAAAGAAAGCAGACUGAUGCUCAAACCACUUCACACGUUGGUCCUUGGAAAAUGUGUGUUGUUUGUAUGUAUGUAAACAGUGGAGCACUAACAAAACUACGCUCCGAAUCAAAUAAUUAAAAACUGUUUUAAGCAGUUUAUUAAAAAGCAGUUCAUCAAAAUGUUUGCGCCGCGGUUUGGACGGCUUUAUGAAACCUUCUUACUCGGCUCGAAGGCUUUCUGAUCUGCAUUUGAUGUGAUGAAUGACAACAAUCCGUCUUCCCGCGUUCCAGCUUGGAUGAAGGCUUCGCUAAAAUGCUUUGUGAGCAGACAUGAGAGCCAUGAAAGUGUGAAAAUGCAAUAUAAAUUCCAGGAUAUAGGCAAUUUGGUGCUACUUCUAGUGUUACUGUUUUAAACUGAUUGGACUUUUUUUUACUGAGAAAAUGCCUUAAAAGCUCAAAAAAAGACAAUCGGGUAUUAUCUAUUAUUUAAAUGACAUGACCGAGUGUUGCUUCAUGAGCUAAACACUAGUUUAAUAAAAGCUUUUCCAUUCUACCUUUAAUGUCUUUGAAGCUGUUCUAAUCUAGUUCCCAAUGAAUGUGUUGAGUUUAUAUCAGAAUGUGGCCUUGUUUUGCCCAGCCUUGAUUUUUAGCCUCAUGAAGAAUGUAAAAGAACUGAACUAGACCCAGAUGAUCCACCUCAAGUCCAGAAGAGAGCGAUUCACAAGCCUCUGCAGACUGGCAUAAAUCUUUAUGACCUGAAAGCAUCACAACACGUAACAAAGAGAAGUCAAUGUAUAAAAAUAUUAAAGAAAAGGGGCUUAAAGUGUUCUGUAAAAACCAGAAUUGAUUUAGUUCCUAUAGGAGGAUGGAACACCACGUUGCGUUAUUAUGAUCGCUGGUUGAGGGUCAUACGCUUCAAUGUGCAGGUGUCAGGUUCCAUUUAGUAUGUACGUGGUGGUGCAGGAUGGAGCCGGCACCGCUGUGUAUGCGAUGGUGUAACACAGGAUUCCCACUGAAGAGAAGAGAAAAGCCUGUUGCUGUCCUUGGUGCUCCCUGCCUUCAGCACCACUGACAGCUCCCUCCUCCCUCCACAGGUGAGUGCCUUGCUUUUUGGGUGGUGCUCAGUGUGCACAAGGGCAAAGAGCUUUUUUUUAUUCCCCUCACAAUGCCAUGUGUUUAUAUUCAAACAAGAGGCGAUUGGAAGCAUUUGCCUCAUGUGUUCUUUUUCCCACCGUGCGUGGGCUUUUUUUUUUUUUGCCUGUCUCUCCUCAAUACGCACAUUUGUUUUAUUGUCUCUGCCUUGUUUCACAGGCAUAAAGGCGCUCGGUUUAGCAGGAGCUGGGAUCACUUCUCAACACACGGCUCAAACCUGGAGCACGAAUCCACAUUUGGUGUCUGAGGUUCUGCUGGUGGUGAAUUCUAUCCGCUUCUGAAGCACUCCAUAAAGUUAAUGAUUGGAGGCAGAUGAUUCUGACUCUGGGACAAGUUCAGGUCAAAUGUAGAAGUGACCCUUUCAACCCAAAAGCAGUAAUAGGAGCAGAUCAGAUUGAUCUGUACAGAAUUAAUUAUACAUAAUAGCAAAAAAAUCUAAUUAAUUCAUGUUGUAAUAUUAUUAUUAAACACCAAAAAUCUCAGUGGACAUUCAAAUCUGACGCAUGAAAAUCACUGCCCUCUAAAAACUGAGAAACAGACCAAUAUUAUUUUACCCUGUAAAUAACCUGAUUCACCUUUGUUGGUGCUCUGGACAUUAAUCUGUGUUUUUGAAUUCCCUCUAUCAUCGCCAUAUUUAUCUUUUCAUUCUGAUGGCGUGUGUAAUUCAUCUCAUUUAUUCUAAUCUUUUAGGACUAUAUUGUUAUUUUCAGCCCGGUUGUUUAUGUGUCGCUCUCUAAAUGUUGUCUCAUGCGACUCAUGAAGGUGCAAAAUGAGUCAAAAUUCACACCUAAUGUUAUUUAAAUGAAUCUCCAUUAACCCGGAAAGACAAAGCUUAAACAGUUCUCAUCCAGCCCCUAACAUGAAUUAGCGGAUUGUAUGUUUGCUUAACUGCAACUAACAAAACGCGGCUUUUGGUAAAUAUUGAAAUUCCCUUCGAUUGGUGGCCGGUCUGUUAAAGCACCGGGUGACCAGGCUCUCGCUAUUGAUGAGCUCCAGCUAAUCCAUCGCAUUUCCCUGUAAAUAGCUUUAUGCAUGAGAAAAGGCCCGCGGCCCCUCCUCUUCGCCCCGCACAGCCACAGCGUGAUGCAAGAGCGGUUUGUCACAGGGCCAUUAUAAAGCAGUGUAGCAUUAGCCCAUGUUCGGCUACUCCCACUCCAGUCGCAUCUAUUCAGAUUCAUUUCAGCGCCGUGUCCCCCGCUCGCUGCGCAGGUACAACCCUCGCGCUUUAUGUGCGGACCUUCGCGUGUUGAAGUCCGACGGAAAUGCUGUGCGGCUGCGGACUCUAACUCGCAUCUGAUGCUUUUACCCUGAAAAGUCUCCGCAACCCUCCAGGAAACCUUCCGCGCGCACGACGGCCUCCGAAAGCGCCGCUGGAAACACCUUGCGCUCGCGGCCCCCCGGUCGUUCGGUGGACGACGCGAGAUUCGAGUCAGCUCCGAGGCGCAGCUAUGAGCGUGUAACCACAACAACCGCGCGCUGAUUGGCUGCGCCGGCACGGGAAUUAACGAGGGCGUCAUCCAAUCCGAGCGCAGGACGCUCGACGCGCAGGCAAAACCUCGUGAUAACGCAGGCACUGUAACGCGAAAGUGGCGGCGCGAGGUGAGCCCGGAGGAAAUGAGAGGACCCAAAACAAAGCACGAGCGGCGGAUAAAACAUUAGAAACACGCGCGUUUGAAGAAUGAAGUUUUAAAAGUAAGUUGGCGAGAGAACAUGUCUGCUUUGUUUGUUGCGCAGUCCAGCAGCUGGUGCGGCUGAAAUCUCUCCCCUCGGCUGGAUUGUGGAUUGUGAUAAGUGCAGGACAGCAACCAAACGGGACCAGGACUACCACCGUUCCGAAGGGAUUGUCACUCCGCUGCCUUUGAACAGGAGCUUCUCCCCAUUUUCGCGUGACAGCAAAUCCCCCAGAGCCACGACGUUGCUCCGAGUAGACGCGAGUGGCCCCAGUCCGAGCAGCGCAGUCCGUGCGGGAAGGUCGGCACUCGGCUCCCUGCAGGCCGGAGACAUGAUGGUCCAUUGUGCCGGGUGCGAACGGCCCAUCCUGGACCGGUUCCUCCUCAACGUGCUGGACAGAGCCUGGCACGCCAAGUGCGUCCAGUGCUGCGACUGCAACUGCAACCUCACCGAGAAGUGCUUCUCCAGAGACGGAAAGCUCUACUGUAAAAUGGACUUUUUCAGGCGGUUUGGCACCAAAUGUGCGGGCUGUCUGCAGGGAAUCUCCCCAAACGACCUGGUCCGCAAAGCCCGCAGCAAGGUGUUUCAUCUGAACUGCUUCACCUGCAUGGUGUGUAACAAGCAGCUGUCCACGGGGGAGGAACUCUACGUGAUAGACGAGAACAAGUUUGUGUGCAAAGAAGAUUAUCUGGGCUCCGGAGCCAUUAAGGAAGUCAGCUUGAACUCAGUGUCGUCGUGUACCGAUAGGAGUUUAUCGCCGGAUCUGCAGGACCCAAUACAGGACGACGUAAAGGAGACGGACAAUUCGACGUCCUCAGAUAAGGAAACGAACAAUAUUGAGAAUGAGGAGCAGAACUCGGGGACCAAAAGGCGGGGGCCCCGGACCACCAUCAAGGCCAAGCAGCUGGAAACGUUAAAGGCCGCGUUUGUCGCCACGCCGAAGCCGACCCGGCACAUCCGGGAGCAGCUGGCCCAGGAAACGGGACUAAACAUGCGGGUGAUCCAGGUUUGGUUCCAGAACAGAAGAUCCAAAGAGCGACGGAUGAAGCAGCUGAGUGCUCUGGGCGCCCGACGGCAUGCCUUUUUCCGGGGCCCGAGAAGAAUGAGGCCGCUAGGAGGCAGGCUGGAGGAUCCGGACAUCCUGGGACCAGGAGCCUACGGAUACUAUGGAGAGUACCAAGGUGACUAUUACGGGCCGGCGAGUAACUACGACUUCUUCCCCCACGGCCCUCCCUCCUCACAAGCUCAGUCCCCAGCUGAGUCCCCCUACAUCCUGGGCUCUGGACCUGGAGCCAUGGAGGCGUCGGGCCACCAUCCUUCAGACGACCAAAGGUUCACGGACAUGAUCUCUCAUCCAGAAACCCCCAGUCCGGAGCCCGGCUUACCGAGCUCCCUGCAUCCUGUCCCGGGGGAGACGUAUGGCGGGGGACCCAGUCCUCCCUUCUCAUUGGCCAGCAACUCCAGCUACAGCGCUCCCAUGUCCCACCAAGGCCCGGAGAUGGGAGAAACCACGGCCUGGUAAAAGGCCGGACCCCAGAGACCGUUGGUGGGCUGGUUCGUUCAGGAGACGAACGGAGAACAGAACCGUCACUGUGGAGAGAAACGCAGUAGAAAUGUCUAUGGAGGACUGGUUUUCUUUGAGCUACUGGAACUGGAAUCGGAACUCUGAUCGUUUGCUGGACAAGUAACGUUUGCUGCUCGGUGGACUCUGGAUUACUGGACUUGAAGUCUUAAAACAAAUGUUGUGAUUGCACCCGGCAGUAAUGCUUCUGGCCUUCCCCUUGAUGUUAGCGAAGGUAUCUUCUAAUGCUCUAGGAUCACGUUAGACAGACAUGCCAAAGGGGACGACUUUAGUUUUCUUAAUUUCUCAACACAUUUUAUAAAAAUGUUGCUUCCAAGCAAUAUCCUUUUUUUUUUUCAUUCUGUUGCUCUUUACCUGUCCUUACUGCUGGGUUGCUGCCCUAGCCUCAAUACUCACAAACAAAGGACCAGGUUGAAUAAAUGCUUUAAUGUUCAUACACACACACACACACACACACACACACACACACACACACACACACACACGAGGCAACCAGGGCAGGAGGCGUAAAAUCUGAAACGUUGCUCAUCUUUUAUUUCAUUUUCUGUAAGACACUGUCAAAAUAAAAGCUCCACGCAUACACACGUCACUGCUGACUCUGCAGGGACAAGUCCCACAAUGCACAAGACCCGCUUGUGAUCAUAUCUUAAAAGAAAGAUGUCUACGCCGUUAUUCAAAACACGGACACAAUUAUACCGGCACUUGCACCCACGCGCGCUCUCAUGCACGCACACACGCCUCACGCCCAUCCAGGCAGCCCCCGAUAGUUCUGCUUCGCACACCGCUUCACCUGACCUUCCCUUUGUUACUGUCCCUUUUAAAAAACAUGUUUUAAUGGAAAUGAUUUUCAAAAGAACAUUGAACCCAUAAUGGAGAAUCUCCUUCAACAGCUGAGGUCUCCUUCCUCUAAAGGGAGAAAACAAAAGAGGGGGCAGACAACAUCUGUGACAUUACCGCUGUCUGCUGAGCGCGGCGCUCGGUGCCAUCUAGUGGCUGUGCUCUUUUAUGACGCGCCAUUCAAGAGUCCAUCUGUGUGCACGUGGCCAUCUAUGCACAGCAGAGGACAAGCAGUUAUUUUAAUAAUGGCGGUGGGUAAUAAUGCAGAUUCAGAGGCGAGUGUCAUCAGGCUGACAUCAGCGGAGCAAAUACUUUCACCUCUCUUUAUGACACGACACACACGCAACCGAAGGGCGGAGGGAAUUCGACGCAAAGCUCCACAACGCUCUGCACCCACACAUGUAAAGCUGAUUUAGAUAUUGUUUGCAGAUCAUGUGUGUUUCCUUUGGACAUUGUAUAAGAUCUAGAAAAGAAUGUGUCUUAUUUCUGAUUACUAAGAUAUUCUUGGAGUGUGUGUGUGUGUGUGUGUGCGCAUGCUUGGAUGCUCAGGUGUGUGUGUGCGUGUGUGUGCGUGUGAGUGUGUGCGUAGGCGUGUGUAUGUGUGCGUGUGUGCGUGCAUGUUUACAGGGGUGAACAGAGGCGAGACUGUAUUAUUUCUAUGUAAAUAGCACUGGUAAUAAAACCUUCUGUUACAACUUAA